AUGGAAGAUAAUAAUAGCAACUCGACAUCAGAAGUGGGAUCAGUGCCAACUCCUGCAUUUUCUGAAGAUCAGUGGCGUACCAUUAUGGAACUGCAAAAUCGUAAUUUCGUCGAAAUGUGUAGGGCUAUGCAAGCGUCUGUGCGUCCACAAAAUCAAGUGGUUUUGCCAAAAUUUAACCCAGAUGUAACUGGAGCUGAUGCGACUCAAUGGUGUGCAACGGCAAGCAUUAUUAUGGACGAACAGCAGAUUAAUGGCAGCGCACUUAUCAUGAUGUUGAGUAGUUGCAUGCAGGGCAGUGCUUCAGCGUGGCUUGCACAGAUCUGCUAUCCCGGCAUUAAUUGGGAGCAGUUUAAAGAACUUUUUAUACAGCGUUUCGAAAUUAAGGAAACGUCGGCAGCUAUGUUCCUGAAUCUGCUGAACAGCCGUCCAGCCUACAAUGAGUGCCCUGCAGUGUACGCAAGCCGUAUGAGUAUGGUGUUCUCGUCAAAUGUACAAACUAGAAGUCAACUCCAGAUGGAACUGAAAGCAUUUACAUUUGACAAAAAGCGUAGUGCUGGAAGUACUGAUGGUAAUAGCGGCGACAGCAAGCGAGCCAAAAUUGUGUGCCACUUAUGCAAGAAACCAGGACAUAAAAUGGCGGAGUGUAAAUUAAAGCGGUCUGGAUCGGAGAAUAAACAGCAUCGCGAUUUGCAGAAUGUGACCUGUUACCGAUGUUCUCCCUAUGCUAGUCCUAUACUCUUGGUUAAAAAGAAGAACGGAUCCGAUCGACUUUGCGUUGACUAUCGUGAACUGAACAACAAUACUGUUUUGGACAGAUAUCCCUUACCACUUAUUAACGAUCAGAUUGCUAGACUAGCGGGUGCAAAAUAUUUUACUUGUCUGGAUAUGGCUAGUGGAUACCAUCAGAUACGCAUUCAUCCCGAUUCUGUUGAAUAUACCGCGUUUGUUACACCUGCCAUUUGGCCUCAAGAACGCCCGGAGCCAUUAUAA